GAUCUGACGGACAUCCAGAACCAUGACUUCCAUACGUAUUGUAGCAGUUAGAGCUCGCGGGAGUGGCCGCAGCCUAUACAUGUAUCUAUAGUACACUAGUAGACAAGCUUACAAUGGUUGGAAGAAUAGAACAACAGUCGGUUGGAAAACAGCGCGAACAGAAAAAGAGAAAGAGCGAAAAAAGCAGGUUUAUCACGACAAGCGAGCCUGCGCUUGAUGAUUGGAGAAGCGAUACAUGUGAACAGCAACGAAAGAUUUCAUGUGGGCUGGCAGGAAGUCGGAAUCGGAAGACGAGAUGUCGUGAUAGUGUGUGAAAGCGGCACUAUUCGGACAAAGGACAGGAAA